AUGGAUGCGUUCCUGUCGAAGAAGCAACAGCUGAAAGAGGACCUCCAGCGGUCGCGGAGUAGAAUCUCCAUCUCCUUCGACCUCUGGACCUCGCCAAACCCGUACGCAAUCCUGGGUGUCGUCGCCAUGUGGAUUGACGCCACCGGCAAGCGACGAAGUACCGUCCUGGGCAUGCGACGCGUUCAUGGCGAGCACAGUGGCGAGAAUCUUGGGUCGACCGUUCUCGAAUUAUUGACGGAAUAUGACAUUGGCGGAGAUCAGAUUGGAUACUUCAUGCUGGACAAUGCUUCAUCCAAUGAUACCGCUGUUGAGUUUAUACUCAGGAGCUCUGCCCAUGGAUGA